AUGAAAUUCAUUCUGAUUUUGUCCUGCCUGGUCCUCUAUGUGGCCCUCACCUUCGCACAAAGUUGCCCGGGACGUCCUCAACCCCAGAACUGUUGGGGCGGCAAGGACGAAGGAGUUCGCUAUCUGCAUGGUUGCAUUCGGGACCCCAAUGACGAGAUGUGGUACUAUAACCACCAUUCAAAUCAAUGCAUUAAGAUGCAGUACCGCGGAUGUGGUGGCAACCACAACCGCUACUGCUCUUUGGUCAGUUGUCAACGUGCCUGCGUUCGACGAACAUAA